AUGCCUAGGCGGUGUAGUGUAGAUCAAUGCCAUAUUAUGAAAAACAAAAUUAAAUGUACAUUGUUCAAAGCACCAAAAGAUGUUAAUAUUUUAACAGCAUGGAACGAAGCUGUCUCUAAAGCUAAUGGUAAAAGUUCCAUUGCUCAUUAUGUUUGUCAAAAUCAUUUUUCAGCUGCAGAUUUAAUAAGUGUAUAUAACAACUAUCCAAGAGAUUUAAAUACUAAUGAAAUUGGUCAACGUAAAAUAUGUUCUUUAAAAAAAGGUGCCAUUCCAUCAAUUUUUGAGAGUUUGUUUGAAUGUCAUUCACAAAAUGAAAUCUUUAAUAAUAUUGAACAGUUGCUUCCGAAUGACAAAGAACACAAACAAACUUGCAAGAGAGAGUUAUUAUGGAAAGAUAAUUCACCAAAACAGUUAUCCAGUAUUGUUGAUGUGGUGAAUAGUGUUUUUAGUUAUUAUAUUACCUAUUAG